UAGUAAUGGUACUAAUGAAUCAUCGCAAAACGAGGAAAUGAAUUCAGAGAUGGUUUUUACUCAUGUUAUUACACCCAUCACUACUCAAUGCAAUAACUUUAAUAAAGAAGCAAUGUUCCAUGUCCUUGAUUAUCAUCCAUCGUAUGAUAAAAACUUAACGAAUGCAAACCAAGUGUACGAUUCACAAGAAUUCGAAAAUUCGGGAUCUAAGCUUAUGGAUGCCGAUAUCUCUUAUGACACGAAAGGAGACGGAGGGGAAGAGGAAGAACGUAAUAAUCAAGAGGAGGAUCCACAGAUUACGAGCAGUCCCAUUCGAAAAAAUGUUGUUCAUUGUAAAAACCGCAUUGAUUUGAACGGAAUUAGGUCUACUACGACUCACAUCGAUAAUGAA